AUGCGUCACAAGCCAAGGAGCCAGCCUACCGCACCCAGGCCCCCUGUUUAUAAUCCUCGCAUCUCAGACCUGGUGUUUGAGCGGUCGCUCAAGACUCCGAAUAUUUCGUUGACCUCUGAGGAAUUAUUAUCCAUCGCUCCGGAGGUCCGUGCGAAAUAUAGGGACAUUGUGACACCCAAGAAAGUGCCCGCGCCGCCCGCUGUUCGACUCCAAGCCACUAUACAGGAAGUGGAGGAUGAAGACGAUGGUCCGGAGUUGCCAGACGUGGAGCAAUUAAUUCACAGCGGUAGUUCAAUCCGUCCUGGAGUGCUGGUGGUACCCGACCCCUAUGAAAUUUAUCUCCGGAGUCUAGGUCCGGGGGAGACGCCGAAGCAGUUGGUCGUGGCCAAGGAGUCGCAUGCUCUGCGGUCCAUUAUGGGGCUCAUAGACAACCAGGAGAAGGUCGAGGCAAUUUUAGAUCCAGGUUCCCAAAUCGUCGCAAUGUCAGAAGCAGUUUGCCAUUCUCUAGGACUUCAGUACGAUCCCAUCAUUCAGCUCCAGAUGCAGUCGGCGAACAAAACGAUCGAUAUGUCGUUGGGACUGGCGCAUAAUAUUCCCUUCCAGGUCGGAGAUAUUACCGUUUACCUCCAGAUCCAUGUUAUUAGGGAUCCAGCCUACAACAUUUUAUUGGGACGUCCCUUCGAUGUAUUAACGGAGAGUUGCAUCAAAAAUUUCAAAAAUGAGGACCAGACGAUCACGAUCAACGACCCCAACUCUGGAAUUGUUUCCACUAUCCCGACAUUUCCAAGAGGUCGCCCUCGAUUUCGAGGCCCCGCCUCUAGAGCGGGAUGA